ACAGUUAUGUUUAAUGGUCCAACUAACGGAGAAAACAUUUUAGUAUACAAAUGGCAUAUCGAAAACGAUGUAAUAUUAAUGGUACUUUCGCUAAAGGAUGGUAUUUCCAGUGGUAUUAGCCCAAAAUAAUAAGAACGAAUCGUGGAUUGUUCCCCACAAAUACUCUCUUCUUCUUCUUCACCCACUCUGCCGCGAAAGCUACCAACAAAACCCCCUUGUCGAUUUCAAAAAUCUUCCCCAGUAUUAGGGUUUGCGUAUGGCCGGAAUGCGUAUGCUGCCGGAAGAAUCCGACAUCUCUCAGCAGCAAAUCCGAGCUGCAUCGGCCGUCGCCAGUGAUCUGGUCUCCGACGAUGACAGGUCCGUAGCCGCCGAUUCUUGGUCCAUUAAGAGCGACUAUGGAAGCACCCUCGAUGACGAGCAGCGCCAUGCCGAUGCAACCGAUGCACUCUGCGCUGCCAACUUCCGUGCUGCCUCAGAUUACAGUUCUGACAAGGAAGAGCCAGAUGCUGAAGUUGUGACAUCAAUGCUCGGUCUUCAGAGUUACUGGGAUUCUGCAUAUGCCGAUGAGUUAUCAAAUUUCCGCGAACAUGGCCAUGCUGGUGAAGUAUGGUUUGGGGGUGAUGUCAUGGAUGUUGUUGCUUCUUGGACAAAAAGGUUGUGCAUUGACAUCUCCCAAGGUCACAGCACAAACCAUGUUAGCGAUAACACAUCUUCAUCUGUUGAAGAUGGUGACAAGUAUUUUUCCGAUUGGAGUGUGCUUGACGUUGGGACAGGCAAUGGUUUGCUACUCCAGGAGCUUGCCAAGCAGGGGUUCUCUGAUCUAACUGGGGUUGAUUAUAGUGAGGGGGCAAUCAAACUUGCACAAAAUCUGGCUGAUCGUGACGGGUUUUCCAAUAUAAAUUUUCUGUAUGGCUAGCCAUGAAGACAUGAUAUACUCUAUAUCAAGAUGGAUGAUUUCCUACAUCUUGUUGAGGGACAAGAAUUUCUUAGAAUUCCCCCCAUCUUCAUUGGCAUAUUUUAAAACUGAAGAGUAUGGAUCUGAGCUAGUCCUAAAGGGAGUAUAUAUCUUUUGUCUUUCACUGACGGAUCUUGUGAUGUGGAGGUAACUCCAUGUGCGUUGGUUCUCCUACCGUGCAGUUAUUCUGACCGAUAUGGUUGAUGAUAUACUGGAGACAAAGUUAGAGAGACAGUUCCGUAUUGUCAUUGAUAAAGGGACAUUAGACGCUAUCGGAUUGCAUCCAGAUGGCCCUAUAAAGAGGGUCAUGUACUGGGACUCGGUGUCAAAGCUGGUUGCUCCUGGUGGUCUGUUGGUCAUCACCUCGUGUAACAGUACCAAAGAUGAACUAAUGCAAGAAGUCGAGAACUUCAAUCAAAGGAGAGGUGAAGCAUCUCUAGAAAAGGAGCAGGAAGCAGCAACAGCAGCAGCUACUUGUCAAUUCAGAUAUGUAGAUCAUGUUCGAACGUAUCCUACGUUCAUGUUUGGGGGAUCGGUGGGAUCAAGGGUUGCCACUGUGGCAUUGCUUCGAAGCUGAAGCUGCUGCUUCUUCACCGUAAUUGUAGCGUUGAUGCUCGACUUGACUGGCCGUGAGGAAAGCUGGGGGUUUUGUUUGGCCGUUUCUGAAAGUCAUGUAAUCCUUACUGGUGUUUGACGUGGUGGUUGAAGGGUGGCGGUGAUUUUAUUAAUUUGCAGCAGAGAUUAACUUUUUUUUUGGUGUGUUUGUUAAUAUGGAUACUUAUUGUAACACAUUAGGCAAAUCCCACAUCGACAAAGCACGGGAGAGAUCCACGUUCACAAGUAAGAAACUGGCCUUAACUGAAAAGAUGCGUUUUGGGGUGAAAUGGAUGAGUUUUUGUGACAACUCCGAAGUUAAACGUGCUCAAUGUGGAGUACAACAAUUAUGAGUGACCUUAUGGGAAGUCAUCUUGAAUUGCACCCCAAGACAAAACCGUGUAGGUGUAGAAGUCCAAAGCCGACAGUAUCUUGUCGGGAAAAGGUUCGGAAUGUUAAAAGUGGUAUCA